UUUAACAUUUCCCCAUUAUUGUCCCAACAGAAUUAUUAGGUGGUGGACCAUUGUACAACACAUUAUUGUUACUUUUAACUUUUCCCCACAUAUAUUUUUCCACAAGCCUCAUGUUUAUCUGUCGGAUUUUUAUGCUUUAAUCACAUUAUUAAUAGACCAUCUUAAACGCUCAAUUCAUUACACAAAACAAUAUCCAUCUCUUAUCAAACUCGCAACGGCUUCAGUUUCUUCAACUUGAUCUUAGUUUUAUCUCUACUGUUUCUCUUUCUCUAGCUUUCUUCCAAUAUUUUCCAUACAGCCCCCUUUUUUUCCAGCUCUGAGUAACUAAAUAUCAAGACUCUUGAAAAUGGUUGAUGCCUUUGUGUCAUUUGCAGUUGAAAGCCUGGGGAAUUUCCUCAUAAAGGAAGUUAACUUGCGUUUAAGUCUGAAAAAGGAAGUGCACUGGCUGCAAAAUGAGCUACUCUUCAUGCAGUCUUUCCUCAAAGAUGCAGAAGAAAAGCAAGAUAGAGAUCAUAAAGUUCAACAAUGGGUGUUUGAGAUCAACUCUAUUGCUAAUGACGCUGUCGCUAUACUAGAGACUUACAGUUUUGAGGCUGGUAAAGGCGAUGAUGAUGAAUCUACUAGUCGUCUUAAGGCUUGCGCUCGCAUAUGCAGGAAGGAGGCCAAAUUCUGCACCGUCAGCAAGGAGAUCCGAUCCCUCAAGCAGAGGCUCAAGGAUAUGUCCAGCAAACAAGAGACAUAUGGUAUCAGAAGAAGGAUUGUAGAAGAAGGACCAAGUAACAGGCCUAACAAUCGUUCCUCUUUGGCUAGAGAAUUGAGGAGGACUACCUCCUAUAUGGAUAAGCAGGAUCAGAUUUUUGUUGGCUUUAAAGAUGAUGUAGAUAGAUUGCUUGCUGAACUUGUCAAAGCAGAGCCACGCCGAACUGUCAUCUCCAUUUAUGGCAUGGGCGGGUUAGGCAAGACUACUCUUGCAAAACAUCUCUACCACUCCCCUAGCCUAACCGGUAUCUUCAAUGCACAUGCUUGGGUAUGUGUUUCUCAACAGUAUAACACCACGGAUCUCCUCAAGGAGACCAUCAAAUCCAUCCAAGGAUGUGACAGGGAAACUCUAGAUCUGCUGGAAAAGAUGACGGUCACAGAUCUAGAAAAGCACCUUCGGAAUAUACUGAAAGAGAAAAAAUAUCUGGUGGUAGUUGAUGAUGUAUGGCAAAAAGAAGCAUGGCAAAGUCUGGAAAGAGCACUCCCAGAUAGUAAUAAUGGAAGUAGAGUUAUUAUUACCACGCGCAAUGAGGAUGUGGCCAACAGAGCUGAUGACAACAGUCUUCCCUAUAACCUUCAUUUCCUAACAAAAGAAGAAAGUUGGGACCUGUUUCGCAGGAAAUUACUCGACGUUGAGGCAAUGAUCCCAGCAAUGGAAAUGCUAGCUAGGGAUAUGGUGGGCAAAUGUGGAGGCUUACCUCUUGCAAUUGUUGCACUAAGCGGGCUUCUUUCACAUAAAAGGGGGCUAGAAGAAUGGGAAAGAGUGAAGGAACAUCUUUGGAACCAUGUGAAAAAUGACUCCAUUCCAAUCUCGGACAUACUGUCCCAGAGCUACAAUGAUUUGCCAACUGCGCUCAAACAAUGUUUUCUUUACUUUGGUAUUUUUCCGGAAGAUCGUCGGAUUGAUGCUGAAAACCUAAUGCGGUUGUGGAUGGCCGAUGGAUUGAUACCAAGAGGAGAAGAAAGAAUGGAGGAUGUAGCUCAAGACUUCCUGAAUGAGCUGAUAAGGCGAAGCUUGGUUCAAGUCGUAAAGACAUUUUGGGAAGAAGUUACUGAAUGUAGGAUUCAUGAUCUACUUCGGGAUCUUGCCAUACAGAAGGCAUCGGAGGUAAAGUUCUUUCACACUUAUGGUCCGAGAGAGCAGUCCACAUCCUCCUCAUGUCGCAGACAUACCAUCCAUGGUCAAGGAGAAAGGUACCUCACUCUUGAUUUUUCCAAAUUGAACUUAAGGUCAGUUACAUUCUUUGAUCAAGAAGGUCUUAAGCUGAAUAGGAUAAAGUUCCGCAAGAUGUUCCAACAUUUAUAUGUGCUAUACUUGGAGAUGGGUAUUGACAGAUUUACACUACCAGAUGCCAUAGGAAGUUUGUACAACCUCAGAUACUUAGGCUUUUCAGGUGAUUGUGAUAUCCCCUCCUCCAUAGGCAACCUCAAGAAUUUACUGACACUCCACGUCUUGGAGGAACAAUAUAGUAGAAUAUGCCGACUACCUCCUGAGAUCGCUAACCUAGUAAAUCUAAGACAUUUAGUCGUUCGAUAUACAGAACCUCUGCAACAUAUAAACAAAUUCACAAGUCUUCAAGUUCUUAGAAGCGUUUAUUGUGAUCAGUGGCGAGAUGUUAACCCAGUUGAUUUAGUCAAUCUUCGAGAAUUAUGCAUGUAUCGUAUUGAGAAAUCUUACUCCCUAAACAACAUUAGCAGCUUGAAAAGCCUUAGCACUCUCAUAUUGGGGGUUUUUGGUGAUGAAUCAUUCCCAGCCCUAGAAUUUCUUAGUUCUUGUCAAAAGCUCCAGAAAUUGUGGUUAAAAGGGAGAAUAGAAAAACUGCCCCCGUCAAACCCAUUUCCAAAUUCAAUCACAAUGAUGAUCCUUGAGUUGUCACUCCUCAUGGAAGAUCCGAUGCCUAUUCUGGGAAUGUUGCCAAACCUAAGGGAUCUCCAAUUAAUAGAAGAUGCCUAUUCUGGAAAAGAAAUUACCUGCAGUGAAAACAGCUUCAGUCAACUGGAGUUCCUUCGUCUUCAAGAUCUUGAGAAGCUAGAAAGAUGGGAUUUAGGCACAAGUGCAAUGCCUCUGAUUAAAGGUCUUUGUAUCUUUCAAUGUCCAAAUCUAAAAGAGAUUCCAGAGAGAAUGAAACGCGUGGAGAAGUUGGAGAGAUCUCGUUUUUUAUGAAGCUUUUCAAGCAUAAUAGCAGAGGAGAAACAACUAGCUGUUAGUGGAAAAUAAAUUGGUAGAUGCGGGUACUAUUGCGAACCACUUGAAGACAUUCACAUUGUAGAAGCAUUAAUCAAAUUUCAGGGCUGUUAAUGAGAGCUUAUCUCAAACUUGAAUAUUUUGCUUUUGUUUUUGAGUGUUUACUUUCCUUUUGUUUUGGGUUUUAUUGAGUGUGUGGAAUUGGUUUGAAUAAAAUUGUUUCUGGGAUUCUCUGCAAGAAUGAUUUUGUGAUGUUUUAAUUUUC